AUGGGUAUCGAUCUUGACAACCACCACGUGCGCAACACUCACCGUAAGACGCCAAAGAGUGACAAUGUCUACCUUAAGUUGUUGGUAAAGCUCUACCGCUUCUUGGCUCGCCGCACUGAAGCCUCCUUCAACAAGGUCGUUCUCCGCAGACUUUUUAUGUCCCGCAUCAACAGACCUCCCGUUUCCAUCUCCAGAAUCGCAUCCCAAACCAACAAGGAUGAAAAGAGAACCGUCGUCAUCAUCGGAACCGUCACUGAUGACAACCGUCUUUUGUCCGUCCCAAAGGUCAGCGUUGCUGCUCUCCGCUUCACCGCUACCGCCCGUGCCCGCAUUCUUGCUGCCGGUGGUGAGGCCUUGACCUUGGAUCAAUUGGCUCUCAGAUCCCCAACUGGAAGCAACACCGUUCUCCUCAGAGGACCAAAGAACUCCAGAGAGGCUGUCAAGCAUUUCGGUUUCGGACCCCACAAGCACAAGAAACCAUACGUCGAGUCCAAGGGACGCAAGUUCGAGAAGGCUCGUGGACGCAGAAGGUCCAGAGGUUUCAAGGUCUAA